CGUGAUAAAAAGCGAUCCGUGAUCUAACCAAUCCAAUGGCCACGCGUCGUACUACCCUGUGUUGGAAGUGCGCAUAUGUCCAAGGCGUAGUGUGUUCAUGGAGAGUUUCUUGCCCGCCUCGCGCUGUUCUUGGAUGAUGGAGGGCCUGGGUGAAAACGGUCGGCUGUUGUUUGUUUUCAGCCCCAUCAAUAUGUACGCCCCAAUAGGUAGCAUCGCUCGAAAGAUCUGUGUGCUGAUUGUACAAGAGAUAUCACCACCUUCAUGAAACAGCCAACUGGGGUGUCAUACGUGAGAGUCCCUCAGAACCGUGGGGAGUGUUCAGCAGCAAAUGCUGUUCGAUUCAGUCGUCCGUGGAUUUUCGCGGCCGGUGCGGUGUUCACAGGAAUAAGUCUACACGCAAGACAUUCGGAGGGUUGGAACGACAAAAGCAGUCUAACCGCCUUGAAAGAAUCCGCCCAGUGUCGGAAAAGAUUUGCUCUGCAGAAUCGUAGAACGAUGCACUAGAGGUGAUGGCAUCGACAGCAGUUUUGGGCCAGGAGAUUCAACCCGCUCGACCACUAUACCGGAG